UUAAAGCUUAAACCACAUUGUUAUUUAGUAAAAUAGUUUUUGCUUUGUGAUUUUUCAAAAUUGAUAUUGCUGAAAAAUCAUGAGAUAUUUUCCGUUGAGCACUAACCAACACCAACGGUCAUUUCUAUCAUCAUUGGCGCCAAACUCAACAUUUUUGAAAACAUUAUGCUCCAACGGUCGACUGAAGGAAGCUCUGUUGGAAAUGGCGGUUCAGGGUCUUCAAGUUGAGUUCCAAGAAUACGACACCGUAUUGAAUGAGUGUGUAAGCCAAAGGGCUGUUAGAGAAGGCCAAAGGGUUCAUGCCCACAUCACCAAAACUUGUUAUCAUCCUCCACUCUACUUGUGGACUCGAUUGAUUGUGUUCUACACCAAAUGUGAUUUUCUUGCUGAUGCACGGAAAGUGCUCGAUGAAAUGACUCUUAGAAAUGUGGUGUCUUGGACUGCUAUGAUUUCUGCUUAUUCUCAAAGGGGUCAUACCUCUGAAGCAUUGAAUCUUUUCAUUCAGAUGUUAAGAUCAGGUACAGAACCAAAUGAGUUCACUUUUGCAACUGUUCUAACUUCAUGUAUUGGUCCUGAGGGAUUUUACUUAGGAAGGCAAAUCCAUUCUUUUGUGUUGAAAAGAAAUUUCGAGUCGCAUAUAUUUGUUGGAAGCUCGCUGCUCGACAUGUAUGCCAAAGUUGGUAGGAUUCAUGAAGCUCGAGGAGUUUUCGAAUGCUUGCCAGAAAGGGAUGUUGUCUCUUGUACUGCAAUACUCUCUGGCUAUGCACAACUGGGUUUUGAUGAAGAGGCAUUGGAAUUAUUUCGUCGGUUACAAAAUGAAGGAAUGGUUCCCAACUAUGUUACUUAUGCUAGUCUGUUAACCGCGUUAUCUGGACUUGCUGCACUGGAUCUCGGUAAGCAAGUUCAUAACCGUACCCUUCGGUUUAAACUGCCUUCAUAUGUUGUUCUUCAAAAUUCUUUGAUUGAUAUGUAUUCAAAAUGUGGAAAGCUCACUUAUUCGAGAAGGAUUUUCGAUAGUAUGAUUGAGAGAACUGUCAUCUCUUGGAAUGCCAUGAUUGUAGGAUAUAGUAAACAUGGAAUGGGAAGAGAAGUAGUAGAGCUUUUCGACUUAAUGAACUUAGAAAACAAGGUGAAGCCUAAUUCGGUCACUUUUUUGGCUGUUUUAUCGGGUUGCAGCCAUGGAGGGAUGGAAGAUAAAGGGCUUGAAAUCUUUAAUGAGAUGACAGAAGGAAAAUAUGGAACUAAACCCGAGAUGGUGCAUUAUGGUUGCGUUGUUGAUUUGCUCGGUCGUUCUGGCCGAGUAGAUGAGGCUUUUGACUUCAUAAAUAAAAUGCCUUUCAAGGCAACAGCUGCUAUAUGGGGUUCUCUUUUAGGUGCUUGUAGAGUUCAUUCCAAUGUUGACGUUGGUGAAUUCGCAGGGAAACGGCUUCUAGAAAUCGAGCCUGAAAAUGCAGGGAAUUAUGUCAUUCUUUCUAAUUUAUAUGCUUCUGUUGGGAGAUGGGAAGAUGUAAGAACCAUUAGGGAGUUUAUGAAAGAAAAGGUUGUGGUAAAGGAACCGGGAAGAAGUUGGAUUGAAAUCGAUCAAAUUCUUCAUACGUUUCAUGCAAGUGAUCGUUCCCAUCCAAGACGAGAAGAGGUUAGAACGAAGCUAAAGGAAUUAUUUGUGAAGUUUAAGGAAGUUGGUUAUGUUCCAGACUUAAGCUGUGUCUUAUUUGAUGUGGAUGAGGAGCAAAAGGAGAAGAUUCUCCUAAACCAUAGUGAAAAACUUGCACUGGCUUUUGGUUUGAUUACAACUUCAGAAGGAUCGUCUAUUCGUGUUAUUAAAAAUCUUCGAAUUUGUGUUGAUUGCCAUAAUUUUGCGAAGAUUUUCUCGAAAGUUUAUGGAAGAGAAGUGUCUCUAAGGGAUAAAACUCGAUUCCAUCGAAUUGUUGAUGGAAUCUGCUCAUGUGGAGACUACUGGUGAGAUUUGGUUGAAUUUUUUCACCUGAUUUGUAAAUAUGAAGAACUGAUCUAACAUAUAUGGCAUGAAAAGGAACUGAUGUGGACAAAAAAGCCAAGUCAUUUGAUUAAUCCUAACAUGUUCAUGGAUCACAAAGUGAAAAAUUUGAUAGUGAAAAACAUGGGAACAUAAAAGAUGGUACUUUGAUGUUGAUUUACUUGAUAACUCUACAAUUUUACAAAAUAAUGUAACAUGUUAUACAUAGAAUAGUUUAGUUAUUGAGGUUUUAGUUAAUAUUUUUGUGUUGAGAUUAGUUUUUUGUUUGAACAAGUUAAUUUGCAUAUACAUGUUUUUAUAGUGAUGUCUUCAAAGAAGAAUUUUUGUUCAUACAUAUUUGACAUUUUAUUGAAGAUGUUUUUGUUAA